AUGACGGACUACUACAAGAGACUGGGCAGACACUUUUGUUCGAAAUGUGGAAAAGAAUACAAAUGGAUGCAGUCAUUGGUCAGACACGAACGGGAAGAAUGCGGAAAAGAUCCGCAGUACAGUUGUUAUAUAUGCGGUGCAAAAAUUAGACAUAAGUGGGUGCUGAAGAAGCACAUGGUCAACGUUCAUCGUAUAGUCAUUCCGAACGGUAACGACGAUGGAUCCUAUAGGCUUCAAAAUUAUCAUAGGCGAUACCGUGGCAAAUACACCUGCGAUGUAUGCGGUAAGGAGUACACAUGGAAACCAUCUCUGACGAGGCAUAAACGCGAGGACUGCGGUAAGAAGCAGCACUAUCCAUGUCCAGUGUGCAAUGCAACGCUCCGGCGUAGCCGUCAGCUCAAACUACACUUGAUUCACGUUCACAACUGGAACAAACCUGAAUACAUAAUGCAAUAA